AUUAUUGGUGUCUUGGCAUUGGCUCAGAAACCGGUAAAUACGAGAGUGAAUACGAUAAUGUGGCAGCAGCGGUGACCAGCUGAUUGUCAAGAUGGCGCUUCUGGUGGCUCGUCCCGGCUUGUCCCUCCGCCUCGCCCUCCAUAAUGGUGGAGCGAGGGCACUCAACACCUCUGUGCCCCUGGCAGCGGUGGCGGCGACGGGGAAGACCAAGAGUUCCCUGAGUAAGCCUGGCCUGAAGAAUAUUGUGUUGGUCGAUGGGGUGCGCACGCCCUUCCUCAUGUCCGGGACACAGUACCAGAAGCUGAUGCCCCACGACCUGGCACGGCAGGCGCUCAAGGGCUUGGUGUCUAAGGUUGGCCUGGACAAGAGUGCCGUGGACUACAUCGUGAUGGGCACCGUUAUCCAGGAGGUGAAGACAUCCAACGUGGCCCGAGAGGCAUCGCUUGGGGCAGGCUUCUCAGACAAGACUCCGGCCCACACCGUGACCAUGGCCUGCAUCUCCUCCAACCAGGCCAUCACCACCUGUGCUGGUCUGAUGCACGCUGGGGUGUAUGACGCCUGCAUUGCCGGUGGUGUGGAGUUCAUGUCUGAUGUUCCCAUCCGCCACUCACGCAAGAUGAGGGAACUUAUGCUCAAGCUCAACAAGGCCAAGACUGCAGGUGCCCGCAUGAGUCUGCUCUCCCAGCUCUCCAUGAAGCACCUCAUCCCCGAGCUCCCUGCUGUGGCCGAGUUCUCCACUAACGAGUCCAUGGGCCACUCUGCUGACCGCCUCGCUGCUGCCUUCAAAGUUUCAAGGGAGGAACAGGACAGCUUUGCCCUCCGCUCCCACACGCUUGCACACAAGGCGCAGGAGGCCGGCAUGCUCUCCGAUGUGGUGGCGUUCAAGGUGCCGGGUGUGGACCAGACCGUGGAGAAGGACAACGGCAUCAGAGUGUCCACGCCGGAGCAGAUGGCAAAGCUCAAGCCGGCGUUCGUCAAGCCCCACGGCACCAUCACGGCUGCCAAUGCCUCCUACCUGACUGACGGUGCCUCUGCCUGCCUGAUGUGCACGGAGGAGAAGGCCAAGGAGAUGGGAUGGAAACCCAAGGCGUACAUCAGGGACUUCACUUACGUCUCACAGGACCCCAAAGACCAGCUCCUGCUCGGCCCAUCCUAUGCCACCCCCAAGGUACUGGAGAAGGCAGGACUCAAGACCUCCGAUAUUGACGUUUGGGAGAUCCACGAAGCUUUUGCCGGCCAGAUGUUGGCCAAUCUGAAGGCCAUGGACUCAGACUGGUUUGCCAAGACCUACCAGGGAAGGUCUGAGAAGGUUGGCGCCCCUGAGAUGGACAAACUUAACCUUUGGGGUGGCUCACUCUCCAUCGGGCAUCCAUUUGGUGCUACAGGUGUGCGUCUGAUGAUGCACGCGGCCCAUCGCCUGAUCAAGGAGGACGGACAGUAUGCCUGCAUCACCGCCUGCGCUGCUGGGGGACAGGGCGUGGGCAUGGUGGUGGAGCGGUACCCUGGAGCCUCAGUGUAGUGCCCUGCCGCAGCAGCAGCAUUGUCUUGGGUGAACAAAAGCUCUAGGUUUAAGGAACUGCCAAUCAAUGCAAGUAUUUCUAAUGUAGUUAGCUUCAUGUCACGAAUAGUCUAUAUUUGUACAUACGACUUCAUUAAGGUAACAGUGUUAUUUAGUUUUGUUUCAUUGAGUGCAGUUUCUACAGUGUAUUAAAGUUAAAGCACAGCUGUAACUUGACUCUUUGACUGGGUGAUAGGAAAUGUAUCAAAGGGGAAUUUUCUGCACAUGCUUCUUCUUGCCUUUCUUGAGGGAGGGCUGUGCUAAAGUAACACUGGCAGGGACUUGCAGAGGUGCAGGGAUGGAGUGAUUACAAGAGUUGUGUAUUCGAAUGCGAAUACAAAUGCUUAAAAUUUCAAUGAAUAUGAAUACGAAUUUGAAUACACUGAAAUGGUUUUGAUUCUAUUAUGAAUACUUGUUGAAAGUAUUCAUGAACACUAUUCAUUGAAAAAUACCUUCUUGACAUCACUAUGUAUAGCACUGUUCUAAAGUUAUGGUACAGUAAAUAUGAUACCGCGCUGCCACAGCCAGGGAACCUGUAAUGUACGAGUACACAACCAUUACGCAUAGUUGUAAGGAACAGCGGCUGUUAUUUCUAAUAAUAAAUUUUGAAGUAGAAUAUGAAUACUUUUCCCUUGUAUUAGAGUACGAAUGAAAAUACUUUAACUUCUUUCAAUAAUUGUUCGAAUACGAAUACACCCAAACACGGCAGAGUGUCACUGUUGGCCUCAAGUCACGGCUGUUUCUGCUACGAGACCUCCACUAACACAGACAAGGGGCAAAGAGAAAGUCAUUUUGCACAUUCAAGACCAUAACUUAAUUCCUUGUAAAGAUGUUACUUACUUAAUGAUUUUAAAGCUUCUGCAUUUAUCAAAUCAUUUGCAGGGAAGAUAAUUGCAUUUUGAAAGAAAAAAAUCAGUACAUUCUCUUGAAGUGCCUCUUAAGUGUGUUUGUGGUAGCCCUUUGUGCCUUCAUGGGCAGGAACAGUAAUAUGGCGCCGUGCACACUCCCUCAACUGUAAUUUAUAUAUUAUUUGAGGAUGUUACACGUCAUAUAUAAUUAUAUUUUUUUAGGCGUUUCUCGUCCGGUACAUAAGUGUUUACUUGUUGGUGUAUCCAAGCCUGGCAGUUUGAAGCAUGUCAGACAAUAUAACUUUUCCCUGGGACAGGUUGCAAUAUACUAAUAUAUUCCUACUUUUGUUCUCUGAGCAGUAUAAUGAGUGACUUAAAUUUUAUUAAUUUUGUACUUAGUGUAAAAAAUUUAACCCCAAAGGGUAAGUGACUGUAUCCACAGGCAGCUAUGAGCUGGACUUAAAUGGCCGGCACUUGUAAUCAUGAUUUAGCAGCUGCGUUCCGUGAUCGUUGCCUUCCUUGUAUAGCUUUCCGUGAGAUAGUCAUGUGCCGAGUCUGCUGAAAUUACACCAAGGUUGCUUUCAUCAUGAGUUAGAUAUAUGGUGCACGUAAUGAUGCCUGUUUUAUGUCUUAACAGGUAUAGUUCAGGAAUUAUCACUGAUUGAACAAUACUUCUGGCUCGAGUCCUCUGCUCUGAACGUCUGUGGUUAGAAGAGCUCUUUUAGGGGUUGUCACCUAUAAUGCAUGUGUCAGAGAACAGAAAAAUAGGAAUAUAUUGGUAUUUUCAUUACUCAAUCCACUCAAAGAAAGUCCCAUUAGUUACUCAUCCUGGCUUGUAAGGGCCAAACAUUGAUAUCCUUAGAGAAGCAGAGUCCAUUUUUAUCAGUAGUGAAAGGGAGAUUUCAAAGUUUUCUUGGUCAAAAUAAACAUCAAGUACUGAAAGAUGUGUAUUUACAUAUAUUUAACAAGCUCUCUUUACAUGCAGGUUGAUACAAAUGUGUGAGCAGUUUCUGCCUCGUAACUUGUCCCCUAAGCCCUGCCCCUUCCCUGGGCCCAUCCAGGCUAGUGUUGACUCAAGUUUUUACCUCUUUUCAUGGUUAUUUUCAUUUUUACAGGUAACUUUUCUAUAUAAAAAUACUGAAACCAGUCCACAGUCCCUCCAGAAAGGGGCCGGGGCUUAAGGGAUGUGUUUCGUGGCAGAGUAACUGUGUAGUCAAGAAAAAUAGGAAUGAACUGAACGUUGAAAAAAUAUAUUCUCUGGAUAGGUGUUACAACAUUAAGUCUAAGACACUAUAUAAAGUCCUGCCUAGACAAUGGGUCAACCACCAUCAAAAUACAGCUGAGUCACUGAGGAGUAGAUACAAGUUACUCUACAGUGUUUUGAAUAAAAGAAUAAUGUCUUCA